UCAUCUUUCGAAGGAAGGGUGUGGAAAGAGUUCGGCGCUAACGAUCAGUGGACGUUUCAGUUAAUUUAACUUUAUUUUAAUUUUAUCAGUUGUUUCCUGAUCUUUUGGUUAUUUUUGUGCCCUUCACAGCUUUUCAAAUAACUCUUCUUCAGCUUUACGCAUUUAGCAUAUAUUUUAUUGUUGCCGGUGUCUGCGUAUUUAACAUGGGGGAAGAUAGCCAGUAUUGAUGAUUACGCCGCGCUACCAUUAAUUGACAAAGUUAAGAUUUCCUGUGUCAUUUUUAGUUUGUUCAAAAAUGGGUUGUGCUGUAAGUUCAGCAGCUGACAAAGAAGCUGUCGAAAGAUCAAAGAAAAUUGACAAAGAUCUCAGAGCUGAUGGUGAACGACAAGCCCGAGAAGUGAAAUUGCUGUUGCUAGGUGCAGGUGAAUCUGGUAAGAGUACUAUUGCCAAGCAAAUGAAAAUUAUUCAUGAAGCAGGAUAUUCUAAAGAAGAGUGUGCACAGUAUCGCCCAGUAGUCUAUAGUAAUGCCAUACAAAGCCUGAUGGCUAUUAUUAAGGCCAUGGACCAAUUAAAAAUAGAUUUUGCUGAUCAUGCAAGAAUUGAGGAUUCUAGGCAGUUUUUUACUAUAGCCGGUGCUUCCCAGGAUGGUGAAUUAACUCCAGAACUGGCAGCAAUAAUGAAAAGGCUAUGGCAAGAUCGAGGUUUACAGCUGUGCUUUUCUCGCUCAAGAGAAUAUCUUCUGAAUGAUUCUGCUGCAUAUUAUCUGAAUGCAUUGGAUAGAAUAAGUCAACCAAACUACAUUCCUUCACAGCAAGAUGUAUUAAGGACUAGAGUCAAAACUACUGGCAUAGUAGAAACACAUUUUACAUUUAAAGGAUUACAUUUUAAAAUGUUUGAUGUUGGUGGGCAGAGGUCAGAGAGGAAAAAAUGGAUCCAUUGUUUUGAAGGUGUAACUGCCAUUAUUUUCUGUGUAGCUCUAAGUGGAUAUGAUUUAGUUUUAGCAGAAGAUGAAGAAAUGAAUCGAAUGACAGAAAGUAUGAAGCUGUUUGAUUCUAUAUGUAAUAAUAAAUGGUUUGUUGAGACUUCAAUAAUACUUUUCUUGAACAAAAAGGAUCUGUUUGAAGAGAAAAUUACCAAAUCUCCUCUUACUAUAUGUUUUCCUGAAUAUACAGGAAGUAACACAUAUGAAGAAGCUGCUGCAUAUAUUAAAAUGAAAUUUGAAAGCCAAAACAAGCGGAAAGGUACCAAAGAAAUAUAUACACAUUUUACGUGUGCUACGGAUACCAACAACAUUCAAUUUGUCUUUGAUGCUGUCACUGAUGUGAUUAUUAAAAACAAUCUAAAGGAUUGUGGUUUGUUCUAGUUAUGUACAUUUUUAUAUAUUUUGCUCCUGUGAAUUGGAAACAGAAUGCCAUUGCAUGAAUUUAGGUUGAAGACUGUACACAAGACAUUUUUCUUGCCAGAUAUUUUUAAUGGAUAAAAUUGCACAUAUUUCCUUACACUAUAUUUGAUAGCUGUACAUUCCUUUUUGGUGUUUUAGUAUUAUAUUCUACACAUAUUUUUCAAGUCUGUGCCAAUCAUUUUCUUGGAUAAAAGUUUUGGAACUGAUGUCUUCCAGAAAAAUUUGUGCCUUCUAUUAUCAAUUUAUUGUCUUAUGCCAGAAGGAUGUUUUGCCAAAUGAAAUUGAUCUUCUUGAUGCAUAUUGCUAUCAUUUUGGUGCAAGUGUACUUUUAACAGUCUGUUGUUAAAAAAAAAAAAUUUUUGGGGGGGGAUUGCUUUAGUCAGUUUAAGAAGCUGAAAUUGUGUCGAAUUUUUAUAAAUAUUGCUUGUGCUUGCAUAAAAUAUUUUUUUAUUUAUUUUUUGACUUUUACAUUUUUCUAAUCAUUUUAAUAUCUUGUAUUAACUUUUUCUAAUAGUUCUGAAUGUUUCUAUACAUUUAUGCAAUUUUUUAAAUAUUCAAGUUGUCUGUGAUGAACAUUAUUAUGAUUCUUUGAAAAUUUUACUGGGUUUAAUGAUAUGUAAAACAUGUUUGUAGGAUUUGAAGUGAACUUAUUUGUAAAUUGAUAAAUGUGAAAUUUCUAUUUGUUUAUACAAGUGUACCUGAUGCUUUUAAAAGGAGUAAAAUUUUUGAUUUGAAGAAAUAUCAUUUGGAAAAUAUUUUGAGAAAAUGCAGAUGUAUAUUCUGAACAAUUCUUAUGGACACUUUAUCAUUAUUUUUCCCAUCUCUCCUAUUUGAUAAUUUAUUUUAAAGACAGUGGAAAGUUGGUAUUUUCUUAAUUGUCUGGUUUAAUGAUAAUCUGAGCAUAAUCCUGUACAAAAUUGCUAUCGUAUGUUUCACUAGUUCACAUAUGAAUUAUUUAGCAUUCCAGUACUUACAUAUUGCUUCAUGUCAUUUUUUGAUUUAACCUGAACUGAAAUGGAAUCAUAGACUGUGUAUAAAAUAAUAAAUAGCAUGCUAGUUACAAUUGGCAACAUGAGUCAUUGCUUUGGGUGUUAAGUAAUGUUUAAUUAUUAUUAUUAUUUAAUAUUUCUUUUUUGAUUUAUACAGUCAGCCAGAGAUUUUAUUUUAACUGUGAUAUGCAAAUGUGCAUUAAUGUUUGGAUGUAAAAAUUUCUGUAUUUUUAAACAUGCUAGCAGAAUUACAGAUUGCUGUUAAAUUGUUUUUGAUUAACAAAAUAUUGUUAUUUUUGAAAAAAUUCUAGAUUAUUAUUGUUUGUACGUGUAUUUUCCAAUGUAAGUUUGUGUUUGGGCAGGGAAUAUAAAUUAUGCCAUGAAUAACUUGUGUGAAGUGUAGCAAGAAACAUUAUUAUUAAUACUUCUUGAAAGUAUUUAUUAGUUAGCAUAAAUGUUAGCAGAAUUCUUGUUAAUAUUUAUUUCUAUGUAUGGCAAGCUCUAAACAUUUUAGGACUGACAGUGGAUUAGAUUUAUUGAACAUGUUCAAAAAUUGUAAAAAAAGUAGAUACAUCUGCUGUAAAGACUCAUGAAGAAAAUUUAAAAUAAUGAAUUAUGAAGAAAUGUUUUGUUAAAAGUAGCUCUGUUUAUAAUUAAUAAUAAUAGUCCUUACAAUAGCCAUAAUUUUCCAUUCUGAGAGAACUGAAAUCACAACUUCGUAUAAGUAUUUAAUCAAUUUUUUGUUAAUUUUUCAAGUUAAUGAGUUUGGAGCUGAAGGGAAUAAAAGCGUAAACUAAAUUUAGUAUGCUUUCAGCUAUAUUUGUUUUCCAUUUAAGAGUAUAACACAAGUUUUAUUGCAAUCAGCUACUAUAAAGUUUUAUUUUUUCCAUCAAAUCUGUUUGCAAGUGCAGUAAAUGUAAAUUUAAUAUUUUAAAUAUUAUAAAAUGUUAAAACAAAAUUGAGCAGUUUUAAAGGGGUCCAUAGAAUUGUGUUGUGUGGCUGUUAUAUCGUACAUCUGCAUAAUGAAUAAUAGUUCCUUAUUUUGAGAUUCCAUUUUCAUUUCUUGCCAUUUAAUUCUUGUGGACAUCAAAUACAAACUAUAUAUAUUUCUUUUGCAUUUUGUGCUGUGAAUAGGAAGCAUUUGUGAUUACUUUCCAUUUAAUGUAUUUCUACCUGUAAAUCUUAAAAAAUUUACAGUAUUUCUUUGUAUCAUGUAUCAAUCAUCAUUUAACUUUUUUGUGUAUCUGUGUAUUAUUUUGUAUUAUACAUGUAAUAUACUGACUUUUUGUGGUAAAUAUGUACAACUAAAUGAAACACAAUAUCAAGUUGGUCAAUUGAAAUCAAGUUUUUUUUUUUUUUUUUUUUUU